CUGCAUUCCCUUCAGCUCCAAGUUCACUUUACUUUGAAGGUGGGCUGAGCAUCGGAAUCUGACGACAGAGUGGGCUGUGCCCUCGGGGCGAGGGAGCUCUUCCAUUCCCCUCAAUGACUGCAUUUGCUCGUGCAGUACACAGCAGCAGCAACAGUGUGGUGCUCUGGGUCUCCAGCUCUGCCCGGCAGACAGAUCUGCAGCUCGCUGAACAUCUGCAAGCCAAGUUCAUGUUCUCCCGUCUGUGAAUGCUGCCCAACUGCACCGGGAAAAUGGGCACAGGGGAUUAUCUCUGCAUUGCCAUGAGCGGAGGGGCGCCGUGGGGCUUCAGGCUGCAAGGGGGCAAGGAGCAGAAGCAGCCUUUGCAAAUCGCCAAGGUUCGCAGCAAAAGCAAAGCAGCCAAGGCUGGACUGUGUGAGGGGGAUGAGGUGGUGUCUAUCAAUGGCAAGCCUUGUGGAGACCUAACCUAUGCUGAAGUCAUUGUUCUGAUGGAAGGCCUGACUGAUGUCCUGCAGAUGCUUAUCAAGAGAUCCUCCAGUGGAAUAAAUGAAACCUUGAACGCUGAAAGAGAAAAUGGGAAGCAUGAGAACAUAAAAAUUGAGGACUAUGGGGAGAACACCACACUGCAAAUGAACACAGAGCAAGAGAUACCCCACGGAGAUUUAUGCAUCACAGAGAUUUACAGUGGGACUCACCACGGAGCAGCAGAAAGCAACACACACUUUACUGAAACAAAACAAGAGACCACACAAAGCCACAGAAUUCCUCCUAAAGUGAUAGCCACCCCUAAAGUGAUCGUGACAGACGAGGCUGGUGUCAGAGGGGUGGCAGAAGAAGAAGGGCCAGGUGCCAUGGUUGAGCUGCAAGUGUCCCUCUCAAAUGACGGCCACAAGGCCACCAGUACUCCUGCUGUGACUCUCCUGGGGGCAGAGAAGUUCCCCCCUUCAGGCAGAGGCCCCAGUGCACAGCAGGGCGGGAGCAGCCCCCUCAUCGCAGUUCCCCUGGCUGUGAAGGAGGGCAACAUCCAGUGGUCAAACAAAGUAGUCCACUUUUCCAGCAGCAAGGAGGUCAAGAGGAUCCAAAGUGCAGCUCCAUCUAUCCCCAGGGUGGAGGUGAUCCUGGACUGCUCAGACAGGGAGAAGGAAGCGCCCAGGUCUCCGUCUGAAAGGGGGUGUGUUGAUUCUCAAGUGGAAGGAGGGCAGUCAGAAGCGCCUCCUUCCCUCCUCUCCUUUGCAAUCUCAGCAGAAGCCACAGUGCAGGGAGAAGACAGCAAGCACUCGGAAAAGGAACACAGACCUCUCAAGCACAGGGCAAGGCACGCAAGGCUCCGACGAAGUGAGAGCCUGUCGGAGAAGCAGGUGAAAGAAGCCAAAUCUAAAUGUAAAAGCAUUGCACUGCUGCUGACAGCAGCUCCCAACCCCAAUUCCAAGGGGGUGUUGAUGUUCAAGAAGCGCCGCCAAAGGGCGAGGAAAUACACUUUAGUCAGCUACGGGACUGGGGAGUUAGAACGUGACGAGGACGAGGAGGAAGAGGGUGAAGGUGAAGAGGGGGACAAGGAAAACACUUUUGAGGUGAGUUUGCUUGCAACAAGUGAGUCAGAAAUAGAUGAAGAUUUUUUCUCUGACAUUGACAAGGACGGCAAGAUCGUGACAUUUGACUGGGACAGUGGUCUGCUUGAGGUGGAAAAGAAGACAAAAAGUGGAGAGGAGAUGCAGACGCUUGCAGACAGCACAGGGAAAGGGGCCCUCAUGUUUGCCAAGAGGCGGCAGAGGAUGGAUCAGAUUACGGCGGAGCAAGAGGAGAUGAAGGCAAGCACAGUGCAGACAGAGGAGCACAGGGAAAGCACCGUGACAGAGAACUACCAGAAAGUGAGCUCUUCCAUCUAUCAAUCAAAAGAGGAGGAAAUGUCAAGACAGCAGAGCUGUGUGAGCAAAAGCUACACAGACAUGAGCCAGAAUCACAGCAAAGUUGUACAACAAAAUGGCUUUGGCUUAGCACCUGGCACAAACCUCUCUUUUCAGUCCUCUGGAACUCAAAAGGCAGCAUCUUUGAAUAAAACAGCAAAACCCUUCCCUUCUGGAGUUCAAAACCGAGCAGCUGCACCAUUUUCACCUGUAAGAAAUGUCACCAGUCCCCUUUCAGAUGCAGCAGCACCACCUCCUUACUGCUCUGUCAGCCCACCAGCUGAGGCUUUCUACAGACCAGUCUCAGCUCCUGUGGCCAGCAAGGCUGCCCCGCCCGCAUGGGCAGCCACGGAGCCCACGGAACACAUCGCGUCCAGGGAUGAAAGGAUUGCUGUGCCAGCCAAAAGAACUGGGAUACUGCAGGAGGCAAAGAGAAGAAGCACUUCCAAACCUAUGUUCAAUUUCAAAGACGCGCCCAAAGUAAGUCCUAAUCCUGCCCUGUUGUCCCUUGUACACAAUGCAGAGGGCAAAAAAGGGACCGGAGCUGGUUUUGAGUCAGGACCCGAAGAAGACUACCUCAGUUUGGGAGCAGAAGCUUGCAAUUUCAUGCAGACUCAAGCAUCUAAACAAAAGGCCCCUCCUCCUGUUGCUCCAAAGCCUUUACUCAAGGUGUCUCCUUCUGCUAGUUCUCCAGUUUCACCGGUUUGGUCACCUUCAGCUGCAGCUUCCAACAAGCCUCCUUCUUUCCCAGCACCAGCCUCACCUCAGGCAGCAUAUCCUGCACCACCCAAAUCUCCACAGUAUCCUCAUUCUCCUGUCCAUCCCCCAAGCACUCUCGACCUUGCUGGUCCUUUCAAAGGGCCUCAGGCCAGCCUGGCGAGUCCAAACCUUGCCCCCAAGGCAACACCAGUCACCCCAAGCUCUGGGGAAACAAAGCCUCCCUUCGAGAUGCCACCAGCUAUGAGUGGGAAAGGAGCACAGCUAUUUGCCAGGAGGCAUUCCCGAAUGGAGAAGUAUGUGGUAGAUUCAGAGACUGUGCAGGCAAACAUGGCACGAGCAGCAUCUCCAACUCCAUCUUUACCAGCUUCUUGGAAAUAUUCAUCUAACAUCCGAGCACCUCCACCCGUCGCUUAUAAUCCCAUCCACUGCCCGUCUUACCCUCCUGCUGCUACCAAGCCUUCCUCUAAGGCCCCUGCUGCUACCAAAAACACAAAAAGAAAACCUAAGAAAGGUCUCAAUGCUUUGGAUAUCAUGAAACAUCAACCUUAUCAACUUGAUCCAUCUUUAUUUACUUUCCAGCCUCCUAAGGAAAGCCUUGCCCUGAAGCAGACAUCGAAGCUGUCCCCCUCAAAGCAAACACUGCCUUUACCCACCUACCUUCCACCUGGUGCUGGCUCUCCCACGAGGGCCCGGCCCUCCUCGGUGUACUCCGUGCCAGCCUACGGGUCCCAGCCUUUGUUCCCGUCCAACGCCUCUCUCACAGGGAAUGAAUCAUAUUCACCCACGAGCUACUCUGCCUUUUCUAAGCCUGAAACCACCACGUCCUCUUUGUUUACUGCUCCGAGGCCAAAAUUUUCAGCCAAGAAAGCUGGUGUCACUGCACAGGGAAGGAGCAGUGGCCGCUCACUAUCGCUUCCUGGGAGACCUUCUUCAUUCAUCCCUCGAGCCAUGUCUCCUACUUCUCCUCUUGUAUUUCAGCCUGCCCCUGACUACUUCAGCAAGCCAGACACAGCAGCUGACAAGCCUGGCAAGAGACUGACUCCCUGGGAAGCAGCAGCCAGAUCUCCCCUUGGCCUAGUGGAUGAAGCUUUUGGCCCCCAAAGCAUGCAGGAAUCCGUUGCUGCUAACGUGGUGUCGGCUGCUCGCAGGAAAACGCUUCCUGAGCCACCAGAUGAAUGGAAACUUAAAGUUUCUUACGAGCCCCCAGCCCCGAGUGGUAGCAUAGCCUCACUGGGAGGGAAGCAAUCAGGGGUUCUAUCACCCCAAAAAAGCUCCCUGUCUGCCCCAAGUGCCCCCCAGGCUGGCCCUAAGCUGCAGUAUCCCUACUGCACUCAGCGCUCCACAACGGAUCCCGAUAUAAUGUCCAUGGAUUCCAGGUCUGACUAUUGCUUGUCAACAGCUGAUUCAAACUACAAUCCACAGCCAAGGGGAUGGAGGCGUCCAACAUGAGCAGCUGAAGGGCCUGGGGCAUUUUCCCUUCUUCCAGCUCAGCAAGCCCUAAGAUGUGAGUUGGAGAAGGAAAGUUUCUUGCUGGCCUGGUGAUCUCUGAAGUAAAAAAAUGAGGAGACAAAAUUGAAUGGAGCACAGUUUUCACAUGACUGCAGCGCUAGCAACCUCUAGAAUAGACUCAGUUUUACACCUAAGAUUGUUCUGUUUGUCAAAAGGCAAAAUUAUGCAUUUCUUGGGGUGAGGGGGGAGAUGAAAGUGGGGCAUUCAAUGUAUUUGAUGCAAAAAUCUAGCAAGGAUGUGGAAAGUGACAGCAAAAAUGCUUGCAGUUAAGCUAAUGUGAAAAAAAAAAGUAAAAUAAGGGCAUUUUAAAACCAAGAAGUAUUUUACAGGAUCUUGCAGGUUUUCUGAGUAUGUUAGGCAUGAGUUCUAAGUUACUAAAUAUAGUCAGAUUUGCAAAAGUUCUAAUGGAAGUGGAAGACUUUGAAGCACUGGCUUAUUUGCCAUAUGGUUUUUACUGCAUUUCUAUAAUGAGCUAAGAAAGUAAAUCCAUGGAUAUUCUUACUAUGGUAACAGUUAAAACACGUCUGUGGCAAUGGUACCUGAAUCACCACAGUAUGUAGAUACAGGAAAUCACACACAGUCAAUCAUUUCAGAUAGAUUUAAAGACAGUUCCAGUGAAGUUUUACAUCUUGUAAUUAAUGUGAAAACACCAGGAAGAGAGGCAUUGUUAAUAGAGAUCAAUACCAUGAUACUUGAACAACAAAAGAGAUGAGGAGUCUAUUUAAACUGGAUUGCAAGUUAUUUUUGUAAUAAACUAUCAAACAAGUCAGAGGCUGAACAGCCUUUAUUUCUCUGUGAAAUGCACUAUGUGCUGAGCAUUUACUGCUCCAGUGCCUGGUAAUCCAACUGGCUGGGCAGUUAUUUGUGUUUCUAAGGUACCUCAAAGUUUAGAAAGCUUUUGAGUUGUAUCCUCAGUUGGGAAGACAUAGAUAAGUUGUUUAGCAAGGACAGUUCCUGCUCUAGAAGUUGGCAUGUGGCAGAGGGUUCCUGAUACGUGGUGCAGUGUGUGAGUCUAGGAGCAAAUAUUUGGGUGGUUGCUUAUACCUAAGUGAUGCUGAUGGAUCUGAAGGGAUGCUGAGUUAUUUUUGCUGGUGAGACAUACCUUGCAUUUGCAGCUUAUUUAAACAAUAGAAAUAUGUGGCUAAAAAUGUAUGUAUUGCAGGCUUCCUGGGUAGUUUAGAUGUCGUUAAAGCAUUAAAUGAACACCCCGAGUUUUAUGAAGUGCUGUCAAUCCUCCUUAUUCUGUGGGGAAUUCUUGAAGGAUCUGUCAAGCACAGUCAGCUGAAAUUACUGCAACAGUACUAUUAACUCUCCUUAGUUUCAGUAAGGCUGUCACUGUGAGUGAAGGGAUUCGAUUAGAAAAAGCUAAAACAUAUACCCAGCAAGAAAAAAUAUAGUACAAAAUAUUCCCAUCUGCAAAGAAUUUUCACUUACAGCAAUUAUAAAAUGUAAUUGGUAUGAAGGAGAAAGGAAAAUGAAAUCCAAGUUCAGUUGAGGUGGAACUUCCCCUAAAAGCAAAUAAUUACAGGAAAAAAUAUAGCCUUAAUGAGUUUAAGUUGGCAGAAAUUCUGUAGCCAAACAGAAGCCUCCCUAAAAUUCAACUGAUCCUUCUGACCAGUCAGGGAAUGAAGAUGAGAGAGUGGUAAACCUUUAGAAUAGGAUCAUAUGCUAUAGCACUUUACAGAUUUAUUUCACAAUAUGAAUUUCCAAAAAAAAGUGAUUUAGAAAAAAUACAUGAACAAGGCUGCCAUGAUAUGCCUGAAAAUGAGCUUUGCACCUCAGAGUUAUAUGUGCACAUGAUCAGAGUAAAUUUUCCUGCCACACAGGCAAAAAUAGAUGUCUCUCUGCCUCUCUGCAGAGUCCCUUUAUGUCCCCUUUUAUCACAAUUGGGAAUAUUCCACUGGUGGGACUGUGGAAGUCCCCUUAGCCUUGAGGGCUUAUCCUCACAUCUAACCCUAUUGCCCUGGAAGUACAUGCCAAAUCCUCACUUAAUUUCAGUUAAAUUAUAAAUCAAAUUGAAAUUCAAUGAAAUCUAUAGUUCAAGGUCAUCAAGGCCUUAGAUAUUCAGUAAAUACCAAUGCAUAUGCAUUUCACAGAAGGCCUCCAUUCUGAAAAGUGCAUGCCUCUUACAUAUUUUGCUCACCUGUGGUCCAUAUUACCACAGCAAAACAAGAUCCUCUUUCCAGGUCAAGUUGAGGUUUCUGCUUUUAACUGUUUCCUUUACAUAAUUAGAAAGAAAAACAGAUUAAUGAGUUUGCAUUAAAGCAUAUUUUUACCCAACACCAUUAUUUUAAUUCUAAGAAUUGGACACCUAACUUUUACAUUCCCAUUGAAUGUAGUGGCGUGAAUUCCGAGGUCAUGCAUCUACCAGAAGCAAAUGUGUGCUUAAUUUUAAGGUACAAGCAAUUAAAAAUUGCCAGAAGUGUUUUUAAAUGUUGGUAUUGCAAAAAAAGUUAUGAUACCAAGUGAUCUUGGAAAGGCUUUAAUGCUGUGAUCACAUGGCAUUACAGGAAAACAUUCUCUAGGAUGAAGCCCUAAUUCCCCACUCCAAACAGGCAACAAACAUGGAAGUGAAGAGUUUCAGACAGGAUCAUUGACUUUCUGUCAACUCCCCUAGAAUAAAAAAUGUGCAGCCCUAUAAUUUCAUUCUCUUCACAAGCAGGAAUUAAUCUCUGAGUACUUCUGUGAACAUGAGAAUCCCUGACCCUGAGUUUCAUGUGGUUUUGUAUCAUAUCAUAGAUUAAUUUGGGUGUUUAACAUGACCUACUCCAGAUUUCUUUUUUUUCUCCUGCUGAGGAUUUCCUAGCUCUCUUUCCCAUGUGGAUUCUCCCAUAUCUAAUAUGGAAUGACUUCCCAGUGCACCAUUUCUCUCAAUAGCAACACUGGUAAGUGGCUCUGGCCUCCCCAACACCGUCUAUUUUUACAAAGUCUGUGGGCAAUGAAUUGUCUUUGAGAUCUGUUCCUCUGCUGCAGAGAAAUGCAACUAAUAAACAGUUUUGAAGUUAUUAAUGGGAGGGCAGACAUGAGGGCAGGCAUGCAUACAGAUCACAUAGCCUUGUUUGGAAGGAAAUCAGGCUAAAUCCAGAUUGAGAUCAUGUAGUGAUUUCAAAGAAAGCAGCAGGCCAAGACCAGUAAAUGAAAUAUUAAUGCAUCAGAGCUUUAGAAGGACCCCACAGCAUUUUCCACUUUCUGUCCUUCACCCCGUUCCUCCACUAGCAAAGCAUCUUUCUAUAAAAUAGUUGUGACUGUUGUGUGUGAGUUCUGAAUAUAUUAAUGCAAGUAUUUCAUACAUUUGCUUUUGAAUGCACAGAUCUGCUCAGUAAAUGUGAGGGAAAAUUUCUCUUGAUAUUUUAAAUCAUUGGCUUUGUGCUCACCCUCAGAGGUGUCUCUGUUAACAGGCAGAGCAUUUGAAUACACAAUAUAACUGAAAAUUAAUUUCUUUAGUUAUGUUAGAUGAUGAUGUUCACAACUCUUGUUCAUAGUUUGUUUUCAUUUUGGCGUGCUUUAACACAACCAAAUAUCUAUUCACACUGCAUUUCUGCCUAGUAGCAAGAGACUGUGUUAUCUUUAUAGAAGACUCUUCACUUCUAAAGACUUUUGCUCGUUGCAAAGGACACUUUAUUUGACAGUGCAUGCCAGCAAUGUAAAUUGUAUCACAUAAUAAAGUGAUUUGACCAAUCAGAUGAGAAACACAAUUUUGUUUUCCCUAAAUUCUUGUCUGUUUGUUUAAAUAAUCUGAACCCAAGUAAAGCCUAAUCUCUUUUUUUCUGCACCAUUUUUAGACUCACUGACUUUGCCUGUCAGUGACCUUGUGCUGGUAUGAGCUUCUAGAAGCUUAAAUCUGUAUCAGGUCAAAAGGCAACUUAUCAAAUUUAGUGGAAUUUCAUUUCCAUACUGACUAAGCAGGGGAAGGAAACACAGUGAAGUACAAUCUAGCCAGGUUAAAUAAUACAAACAGAACAGUUUUUGUUGCUUGAAUAUUUUCAGCCCAACCACAAAAAUCUGCAACUAAAAUCUACUUACUGUACUUGUCUACUUUACUUGCACCUAACCCUUUGUUUAGUUCCUUGUACAUUGCUGUAUUCUCAUUGUUUAUUCUCAAUUGAAACUUACUGUUCAAACGUGAAAUAAAUAUUGUGAAUAAAUUGUGAACCAGUCUGUACACUAUGAAGGCUAUUUGGAUAAAUAGCUCUUUAGGAAAUAGGGCCAGCAUAUACAAUCUAGCUGUGGAAAGUCAGAUCAGAUUUUCACUACAGACAUGAAAUGAA